UGCAUUCAUGUAAUCAUCGGUUCGCCGUCAUUCGUCCGUCGCGCAUGCAGUUGUUCCCCUUUCAAAAGUUUAAUUUUUCGUUCAAAUUUGCAAGAAAUUCAUGUGUUUCUGAAAAUUCAACUUCAAUGUAACACGUAGCUAUGUACCAUGUUUGUCGAUCGAGUUGGCGAGCGCCGCAAUUAUCCGCCUUCAACGGCCUGUUCAGUGUGCUGAAGAAAGCCGUUCUUCCUCAUCAACACACAACAGCGCUGAAAUGUGGUUCCAUCACUGCCCCCCAUCGAUCCAUGACUAGUGGAAAUGCCCACACAUUCGAGUCGAUGCUGGCCAGCAGGCGGGCCGAAGCCCGUCGGAGUAUUCUGGUUCAGGUCAGCUCGGAGCGGUCAUUCCCGGAGCUGGCCAAAUACUGCGCUCAGUUUGGGACGAUCGCCAGUUCACAUCACUACCGGGUGGGAGCCAGUGGGGAUGACGAGACGGACUACCACUACAUCGUGGUGGAAUUCAGCGAGCCGGAAGCAGCGGAUGCCGCAAUUCGAUCGGCGGUUUUCAACGAAGAGAAACCCGGAGUUCGGGCACGGUCGAUUUUUCUGUGGUUCAGGGCUGGCCCUAGACCGAAGCUAGCCGUCAAGGAAGCAAAGGGCAAGGAUGAGAAGAAAGCCAAACUGAACAGUGUGGAGGGAUCGAGGAUCGUAGGGGAUGGUGAGCUGAAAGAACUGCUGAUGUCCGCUGAAAGUAUUGAGGAUCAGAUCAGGAUACUGCAUGGAGCGACCUGCUUGAAUGACCUGGGCAAGCGGUUGAGGUUCCUAGCGGUGCGGCAGGUUGAAUCGUCUCUGCAAGGUAUGUUCCCGCAGGCGCUAGCCUAUCCGUUUGGAUCAUCGGUGAAUGGCUACGGAAAGAUGGGCUGUGAUUUGGAUUUGAUUCUGGACCUUGAUUCCGAGGCUGGCGCCAAACAAAAUCCAGACUCUAGACUAGUGUUCCACACAAAGGCAACCAAUCCAAAUGAACGGACACAAGUCCAACGGCAGCUGGAAUCGAUUGGAGAUGUGCUUCAACUGUUCCUUCCGGGGGUGAACAGCGUUCGACGGAUAUUGAAGGCCCGCGUUCCGAUCAUCAAGUACCACCACGAGCAUCUGGAUCUGGAAAUAGAUCUCACGAUGAACAACAUGACCGGGGUCUACAUGUCGGAGCUGUUGUAUUUGUUUGGCCAGAUAGACGAUCGGGUCCAACCGUUGACCUUUUGUGUUCGGAAGUGGGCCCAAGCCGUAGGCCUCACGAAUUACGCUCCCGGUUAUUGGAUAACCAACUUCUCCCUGACCAUGUUGGUCAUGUAUUUCCUUCAACAGCUGAAGGAACCCAUUCUUCCUCCCAUCAACAAAUUGGUCCAAAAUGCCGCUCCGACUGAUCUGAGAAUAACUGAUAGCCAAAUCAACUGUUCCUUUCUUCGGGACAUCACCCGUCUCGAUUUCCGAAGUACAAAUCGAUCCUCCUUAGAAGAGCUCCUCCUACAGUUCUUCGAAUUCUAUUCUCACUUUGACUUCAACCAGCGGGCUAUUAGUUUGAACGUUGGAUCAUCAAUCUUGAAACCGGACCACAGCCCCAUGUACAUCGUAAACCCGCUGGAGACGACCCUGAACGUGAGCAAAAACGUCAACCUGGAGGAGACGGAACUGUUCCGGAUUCAAGUGCGGAAUGCCCUCUGGCUGCUUGACACCCACGAAAAACCCAUUGCCACCGAAGGAACCGCCACGGAGUGGGGCCUAAUCAGUCUGUUCGGGAACAAAGUCAAGGACCGGAUCACGCCGCAAAUGUUCUUUACCAAGCGGUUGGUAAACGUGAAAGACAUCUUCGACGAUGAAUCUAUGGCGCCGAAUGGCGAACUCGCGUUGGACUACAAGAACAAAAUGGUUCGGCAUCAGGUGGCCAGCAUACAGAAGGCCACGCGCCAAGAAAUCAACAAACUGGCCGCUGGGACGACGACGACGACGACGACGGGUAACAACAACGGCAACAGCAGUGGGAUCAAGCUCAAGCGGAACGCCAAACGGAGGUGACCAUCGUCGGAGGGCGGAGGAGGGCAGGACGAUUGUGGUACUAACUAGUCUCUAAAUGAGAAUUCUUGCAACAAGAUUGUUGAGUUUUAGGGGAUGAAUAUAUGAAAUCUGAAAGUA